CUUCAUAAAGAUCUCCAACUUUUAAGACCUCAUGCCAAGUUCUGUGCACCACUUGCCGACCAAGCAAUUGGUUCGUUAAAUUAUUUCACUGAACGGAAGAUUAAAGAACUGGAAGAACAAGUGAGGCUUAUGAAGCAAGAGGCGGAAAGAUCAGAGGACAGGUUCCUGUCAAUGGAAGCUUCAUACAUGGUGAAAAUCGAACAGAUUCAAGAGGAGCUGGACAAUGUGCAGCUUGUACCUUCUCAGAAGCUGCUGCUGGAGCUCAAAGACGUAGCAGAAGACUUUGAAGAGGAGAAUGAACAGUUACACCAGAGAGUGAACUGGCUGCGACACGUCGAGGCACAAAAUGAGAAUCUUCAAGCAAUAUUGGAACAAUAUGAAGAACAACAACACGAAAUGCAGGAACAAUUAGAACAGGUUACCAAGGGAGCAACUUCCCAGGGAAAGGAAGAACUGGAAACCGUUCAGCAAGCAACACAGCAGGAGCGCACAGAGCAAGAUCCGUCCUCCUACAAGAAUGAAUUGGCUGAGCUAAGGUUUGGUUCUACUUGGACUGGGAUAUCAGUUGCAUUUCUAUUGUGCCAUAUGAUCAAAUGGGAUUAUCCCUUGAUGCUUUGGCCAGCAAACAACGUUUGAAGUGUCGAUGAUGGUAGCAAACACGGCAGUCAAUUUUCGUAGGGUGGUGUCGUAGAGCCACAAAUUAUUCAACUCCUUGACGAAGGAGAAUCCGUCUGGUUAA